AUACAGUUGCCGAAAUCGCGUCUCUUUGUUAUUAUGGGCGUUGCUUGGUGUCACCCUCACGCAGUAAAACUCUUUGCAUAUACCGUAUUGCGAACGAAUCUUCUGAAACUUGUGAACAAAGCUGGGGUCGCUGCGACUCUCACGGAGCGUUAGUUGCUGCGCUCGAACGGCCGCCCCAGCCUGUGAGCUGUGUUCCAGCCUCCCAGGAAGCACCUAAGCAGCAAUGGUUCCCUCAUGGGGACAGUACAACCUGGCACGGCUACCGCUGGCCUUUCCUGUCAACCCCGAGGACGUCGGCCGGCCCACAUCACCCCAGCACGACCGACACGUGUUCGACGGCAUGUGCCCGCUGCUGGUGAAGAUCUGCGCUUCGAGCCGGGCGGAGGUGUUCAGGGCACGCUAUUCCGACGGCUUUGAGGAGGUCAUGGAGGUCCUGGCAGCCGCCGCCAACGGCAUUCCGGACCUUGCCAUCCUGAGGGGCUCUCGGCCCGCGCCGUGCUCCCUGGUCGGCAUGCCGUGCAGCACAGGCGACACCGUCUACGCGCUGGGCUGCUCGCCCGCCGCCGGCAGCACCCCCUGCUGCCUGAUGAACAAGGGCGUCGUGUCCAGCAGCCGGGUGGGCUGCAUGGCCGUCGCCGCGCUGUAACGGGAGACUCGCUCCCUUGUCAACCUAGGCGACAAUCCUCUUGUUACAUUGGUGCGAAAUGCCAGGAGUCACCCUGACUGUUGAGGUCCCAGGAUCGAUCCUGGAUGGGUGCAUGGGUCCGAACUAGUGCACAAGAGGGUUACACCCUCCUUGCCCUGAGGUGGAUGGCCCGUGAGAGCGAGGCAACAACGCAACUGGGCCAAAGGCAGUAAACCCACCCCGCGCCUGCAGUGAGCCUAAAAACAUCUACGGAUGCGCUGGUGGUCUCACGAGGACGUUCGCUUCCAGGGGGGGAGGACUGUAACGGGAGACUCGCUCCCUUGUCAACCUAGGCGACAAUCCUCUUGUUACACGCGCGCGCCGACCGCGGCUGCCGCGGCGGGCCGGUUGUGGACACACGCGGGCAGCUACUGGGCGUCGUCAACGGCGAGCUGCUGGGCACUGCUGCUGCUGCCUUUGCGCAGGCCGGCAUCACCCCGGCCGCGGACGUGCACACGUUCCUGCUGCAGUCGGGCCAGCCGGGACUGGCGUGAGAUGCAUCCAGAAUGGCUACCUGAUGGGUAGUCACUAGGACGUAUGUGGAUUGCUUGCUACCGUAUUGCGCGCCGGCUUAGGGGGCUGCAAUGGACACGUGGCAAGUGUUCAACUCAACUAACGGUGGGCCGGUUGUUGGGCAAUGGGCAUGUGGCCGUCGCGGCGGCUCUCAUUGCCUCACGCGUGUGCACUGAUGCGGCUACUUGAGGUCAUCACUGCCCUCCAUCCAGGGCGCCGAGGUGUGCCGUGCUACGGGCACGCGGGUUGCACUUUGCCCCCCCGGGCAAAUCACGGGGGCAAGGCGCGGAUCGCACGUCGAACACCGCUGAGCGAGUGUGCAACAGGGGUGCAAGUAGUUCUGAGGCCUCUGGGCUGCUGGGGCUGACGCCUGAAUCGCUUCGCUCGGGGGGCUCAGCCGUGUAGUAGCGGAUUGGAUGGAAGUGAGGACAAGAAGACGAUGCGGUACGCAUCGCCGAUACGGUAUGAUGUUGUGUGUGGUCACAGGACGUCAUUCCUGUCCUUAACCGAGGCCCGGGCGGGGGGGGGGGGCUUAGAACGUCUGUGCUACGUCAACUCCUAAAAGCCCUGGCUGCUCCUACCUUACAUCGGGGCUUCAGCCCUGCUGCUGAUGUUGAUGUAAGAUUGGAGGUUGGGAAGUGCCAAAAUGCGCGGGGUAUCCAGCCUGUACCGCCCGUGGAAGUUUGCAACCUGCGUGCUGGAGGAACGCCUUACUGGGGUACGCAGGCGCAGGGCUUGCGUUGCAUCUGCCUGGGCGUCGGUACUGCUAGUGCAAGCUCGCUGGCUCGUGAGCUGCGUCUGAAUGGGGUUCCCAGGGGUAGACCACCGCUGGCGAGAGGGCGUUCUCGCCCACGC